UGCCGGGUUAGUCGCUCGACGCUCUACAGGGAUCAAUAUUGAAGAGGACCAACAGGGCCAGUCAUGACGGUGUGGGCACUAAUUCUAUCGUAUUCACCCCAAUCUGUUCAACGGCCCGACGCGGUUCGGCGUAUUAUUUUUGGUUGACAGCAUUUGCAUUCGUGAGGAAUUUGGAAUGACGAUGAGAGAGAAAAAGGUGGUGACGGAUGGGAAUGGCAUGCAUCGGCUCUCUUUGCAUCGUCAUUACCAUGUUGAGCUGGAUGAUUGACGCAGGGAUGCACCUUGGCCUGUCGAUCAUGUGGCUUGAACCUUUUGGCCAGAGGUCACGUAAUCUCUGUUGUUUAAGUCUAUCUUUGAGGGAAGGGGAAUGUCAAAAAUGGAAGUUCGAUUUGAUAAUAUAUAAUCAUGAGGAGUUGGGUAGGCAACGCAAUUAGCGAGAGUGUCACUGUUUAAUUUAUUUUAAUUGAACAGAAUUAAAAACAAGGGUCAUUGAUGCAACCUCGAUGUUUCAGAUGAAUUGUCAAUUGCAACUCCACCGCACUCUUGCAUGUGGUUUUUCUCUCUCUGGCUCUCUCGUUAGUGGCAGGGCGGCCUAUCCUUGUCGAUCCUCCUUGAUUAACGUCUCCCAAAGUGUUUGCAUCAAUCUGCAUAAAACCGACCUCAACCUCUGUCGUCAUCAUUUCCCAAGACCACGUAACCUUUUUAACGCCUUUAAGGAACAGAAUUUGAACGGGAGUACCUAUUUCCUGUAAUCGGAGAAAAGAGCCAGAAGGGGAAGAGAAUAAAAAAAAGACGUUGGCUCUUGACUCAACUCAGAGUACAAUGACAUGACAUGACAUGGCAACGAAAUGGGUCCGCGUUGUCGGAUCGUAGAUCGCUAGCUUGCUCUCUCUUCUCUUCUUCUUUGGAGGCUUCCUCUUUUGGGCGGCCAGCCCGGAAACGGAUCGACGCCUCUCGUUAGCCACCGCAAGCUCUGGACCGAUCCGCUGGUGGUUCAGUUGUUAGCUUCGAUAGUUUGUCUCUCAGUCAACAGGGUCCGAGAGGCAAAGGCAAAGUCAGUCAGUGAGUGAGGAGAGAGUGUCUUAUGAUAAAUGGAUUUAUCAUCAAUGCAUGUUGAACCCCUGCAAACUCAAAACUCAAUGCAAGUCUUCAGCUCGUUCAAGGGUGAUAAUAAAACACCGGAACCUCCACAGCGAGUUUUGGCGUCAAGCCUUGUGCAGUAUUUUUUCCAGUGGACGGGGCAGGCAUGGAUAUCUUCCGGAAAACAUGUGCUAUCUGCACACUGCAUUUCUGCAGCGCUAAGGAGGGGACCCAGCAUUGCAGAAGCCACUGGGACUGGGUUUCUUUAGUGGCUUUUCGGCCAAGGAUUUGCUCGAACCCGACUUGGCCCGCCCCCGCAAGCUCACCUUAGUAGCCUGUGAUUGAUCCACUGAAUUGCAUGAGGUAGCGUAGCGACCUGGGAGUGAGAGUGAGAGUGAGUGUGAGCGAGUCAGUCUCGGGUGCCUUCCUCUCUUCCAUUGCGACCUGAGCUGGGCUUGGUACCGUGGUAUUAAGCGAUCGUGGGCUGCUCCUGCUCCGCGACUCGCGAUUGAAUGAGGGUCCUAGUCGUUACUUUACCUGGGCUGCUCUUGCCUUUUCCUGUUGUUCUAACUUGUCUUUGCGCUCGGGUCCCAUUCUUUCCUUCUUUCCUUUCUUCUCUCGUCUUCCAUCCAAUCCAAUCUGAUAACUUACAACCUCCCACCAACACCUCACCCCACCCACUAACUAUGGUCUUCUAAGCUUUGCACUGUCGCUCUCAACAUUAACAACUCUUGGUCCUUUUCUCUCACUGAAUGAGAGCACAAAUACUCAGAUUUUAAUUAUCUUUUUUUUUUUCUUCUGGCGCGCUAUAAACAUCAAUCAGCAACUGUUAUAAUAACCCGUUGCGCUUGUGUCGCACAAUCGCAUUACAUUCUACCACUCCCGAGACAUAAAGCCACAACCCGACUUGUCCGUCUCCUUUUUGUGGAGGGGCAUAAUAAUUGAGACAAGAUGCCUACAAUCAAUGCUCUUCGAUCAUUCGAACCUCCUCCUAUUCCAUCUCUACCCGAUUUUGAUCGUCGUCGUUCCACAACAUCGACACUCUCCAACAACAACUCCGAUUCUGUCACCUCAUCUCUGCGGGGUCUUCAAGCACCACCCAAAACCAGCAGAGCAAACCGCCCCAAGAGUGCUAAAUUUUCAUCCUACCGCUUGCGCAGCAAUUCAGGCCUUUCACUCCACACCAAUGAGGACAUUCUGAGACAAUAUACCGACUACCACCCUGAUGGCACACCGCGUGCCGGUAUGUAUAGCAACGGACUGGGCCAGUGGUCGGGCGAGAGGUUGAGGAGCAUUGACUCUGUUACAUCGUCCAGAAGUCAAAGAUCCAGUAUCGCUUUCACUGAGUCGGAUGGUUCCAGCGAAUUGCCUAUUCCUGAUCUUGUUGGACGGGAGAUGUUUGAUAUGGUCAUGGCCGAUCAUGCUGCCAGUGGUCAAUUAUGGAGAUUCGCCGCCAAUCGAGGACUGGGUCAGAAUGUUGAUUACCUCAUGAAGAUUCGCGACUAUAUCCAAUCCCUGGAGCAGGUUGUCAUUCAACUCUCGACAAUAUCAACUUCGUACACAUCCAUCACCGCAACAUCACCAAUUAAUCUGCCCUCCCCUAUGUCCAAGGCUCUCAACACCAACAUCAAACAUCUCACAACAUCACUUAUUCCCAGCCUGGAAAACAUGUUUCUUGAAUCUAAAACCUAUAUCGAACAGCGCAUCGUCAGAGAAAUCUUCCCCGAUUUUGUCAAACAGCAACUAUCUCAGUGUACUAGUCUGGCUCUCUCCCUCGACGCAGAAGGUGACUCACCACCAAACCCAUACCCGGGCCUCAAGGGAUCAUUCUGUUUAAGUGACCCGUCGCGAUCCGGAAACCCUAUUGUCUUUGCUUCCGAUGAGUUCGAGGAACUGACAGGAUAUGCACGAAAUGAGGUUUUGGCACACAAUUGCCGCUUCCUUCAGGGGCCACAAACUGACCGAGACGCAAUUGCCAAGAUGCGCUCCGCGAUCUGGCGCAACGAGGAGUGUACAGAAUUGCUUCUCAACUUUCGCAAAGAUGGGACGCCUUUUUGGAAUCUUCUGUUCCUGUGCCCUCUUCUCGACACUGCUGGUAAAACAAAGUUCUUUAUGGGCGCCCAGAUAGAUGUCUCGUCCUCGCUGCACGACACUCAUGAUGUUCUCAAGGUUUUGUCGUACGGUGCUGCGGAGGAAGGGAAGACACCUGAACGGAGCAACUCUCGCUGGGCUAGCGAUGGAUCUCAAGGCGAGCCUGAAGCGGAGGAAGCCCUGAGUGUCAAGAACAACCAAUACAAGACAACAAAGAUGUCUGGAUUCUUCAAAGCGUUCAAGAAGCCACCACCUCCUCCUCCACUGUCGCCGCCAUUGAGCCCACGCCGCAGCUCGGAUAGACCACGAUCAUCAGCUGGACCCACGAUACUUGACAAGACCUACAGUACACGAACCGUUAUCAGGAGAUUUUCUAAUCAGCCAGAAAUGCUUAUGACAACAUACGCCCGUUACAUGAUCCUUGAGCAUGUUCCUUCAUACCCAGCAUCCUUGGGUGCAAUGCCUCUCGAUCAGGAGAUGAAGUAUCCACCCAAGUUGUGUGUGUCUUUCUACUCUAAAGAGAUGCUCGAUGCUCUUGAUCUGGGCAUGUCGGCGGAGGCUAUCAUUGGCAAAGAUAUAUUUGACAUUUUCACUGAGCAAUCUACACUGCCAUCGGUUACCAAGGCAUUCAAGUCGACAGUCCGAGAUCUCGUUGUCCGCGAUGGCAAAUCCGUCUCGUUGGAUCUUGCACUUGCAAACCACAUCCCUCGCCGCGCCAAUAUGACAAGGACGUUGAGUGGUGAUAGUGGGGAAGCAUCACCGAAGAAGCCAGCCAAGAUGAUGAGCCAUUGGACACCUCUCAAAGAUACUGAAGGAUAUGUCAAGUAUGUGGCAAUGAUUGUGUCGCCAAUUUAAAUAUAUGAUGAAUGGAAAGACGAAACGAUAUAGUUUACGGGCGACGGAUAAAGAUUUGGUCUUUGUAUUGUAUCAGGGGAUGUUUGAAGAUUAUUAUACCUGUAUGUACUCUUAACGACCAAGAGAAUGAAGUAACGACUAUAAUUACUACAAUGAAUUGUUUCAGUAUACCAAGCUCUCCUCCACUGAACUUGAUAUGGCAGACUUCUUCAUGGACUUGUAUGAAUCAUACUCUCCAUUGACAUACAACCUAAACAACGCACCGUAGUCCGCGUCACGCUCCAAAAGCAGCCUCAGAUCGCCACAGCUCCGCAAGCCUACGACGGAAAUUCCACCGACGGUACACCAACACAACGACAAUAAAGGGGUAACCACUUCCGACCUGUUAGCCCUAUAAAUCUCCGACGACGGUGCGUGAUCUAUAGCGAUUGGGUUAUUAGGGCCGAGGGGGAAUAGCCGGUAUUGUUUCUGUUAGCCACUGGUUUUGGCGGGCCGUGGGCCAGGGACUGUAGUCUGAUGGCCUUGGUUUAGGAGGGUUGGCCGUGCGCUUGUAGGAGAUAAGACACAUUUGACGAAUUAUAGCUUCUUUUGGUCAUAGUGUUUCUUGGAAGGUUCAAGUAUUAAAACUAGUCACAGGCUACUUUUGAGA